AUGCAUUCAAUUUUUAGGGAGUGGCUACAAGAAAAUUUUGAUACUGGUAGUGUUGAGACAAUUGCGGAGGCAGGGGUGUUGCGUUGGGAAAUUUGGAGGGCCCGUAAUAAUCUGGUUUGGAACCAGAAUCUUUCUUCUGUGUUGGUGGUUGUUUUUUGUGCAAAACCUCACCUUAAUCAUUGGUUAUAUGCUCAAUUAUCUUUGGCUCCAUCUCCGAGUAUGCUGCAAGAAGAGGUGCAUGAGCAUUGGAGUCAAUAUGCUGUUAAUAGUAUUAAGAUUAAUGUGGAUACUACAAUCUUUGAUGACAUUAGGAAGCAUGGGCUUGGGGAUGUAGCACGCGACUGUGAUGGUCAUUUUUUAGAAGCCUUUUCAGUGUUGAAGGAGGGCAAAGAACAAACAGCGGUGGCUGAAGCUAUUUCAGUCUAA